CACAAACAAAUGAUCAGAUCUGACCGGAUGCACAAAAAGAAAAAAGGAGGAGGAGAAUGGCCACGAUGACAUCCACAAUGGGCGAAGUGCACGUUGAUCAAGACUACUCUAAAUGCCUUGCUGCGAUGUUAAAUGAAUACAGAAAGAACAGGUUUAUGUGUGAUGUCAUCCUGGUUGCCCCUCCUAAAGAAUGUAUGGCACAUAGAAACAUUCUAUGUGCAGCCAGCCCAUACUUUUUAGAAUGUUUGGGAUCAGAUUCUUUGCAUACUACCCUUGGUUCUAAGGUUGAAUUGAAAAAUAUAAUGCCAGAAAUUAUGGAAGACCUGCUAAAUUUCAUGUACAUUGGUGAGAUAUGUGUAGGGGAAGAAAAUGUCCGUAAACUUAUUUCAGCUUCUGAUAUCUUGAAAAUGGAGAAAUUAAAGGAUGUAGCAUGUCGUUUUUAUGAAAAAAGAUUAUGCCCUUCAAACUGUUUAUCGAUUGCUGCAUUAGCUGACGAGUUUAACUGUGAUACACUACGUGCUGCUGCAGACCAGUUUAUCCUUCAGCACUUUCUUGAUGUAAGUAAAUAUGAAGAGUUUAAGUCACUCACUUGCAGCCAUGUUGUGAGACUUCUUUCUGCAAAUGAUAUAAAUGUUUCUCAAGAGGAACAAGUAUUUUCAGCAGCAAUGGAUUGGAUUGAUUACAGGUCACAAGAGAGAAUGCAGUAUCUUUCAACAAUUUUAGGAUGUAUCCGUUUAUUGCACACUUCUAGAUAUUUCAUUAGUGAUGUUUUGGAGAAUGAUGAAAAUCUAAUGUCUGAUCCAGGAUGUGUUAGAAUAAUAAAUGAGGCAAAACUUAUUUUUGACUUUCCAGACAGAGCACAUAUGAUCAAACACAAAAAGCAGUAUGAACCAAGGACAUUUUCUGAUAUAACAAGUAUUCUUAUCUCAUGUGCAGGUAAUCAAGAGAGAAUGAGCACAAAUGAAGUGCUAUGUUACAUUCCCUCACAAGAUUUUUGGUACCCUCUAGCACCUUUAAUUCAAUCAAGAUUUGGUUCCUCUUCAUUGGUAAAACAUAAUGAAAUUUAUUGCAUUGGGGGAAAAGUUGAAGGUAAAUCAACUAAGAGGAUCGAAAAAUAUAAUUUUAAUCUUGACAGAUGGGUUGAGACAGUGCAGUUACCACAGCCAUUAUCCAAUCAUGUAACUUGCAUAUUUAAUGGAGAUAUAUAUGUAAUUGGUGGAGGUGAACAUGAAACAAGCUCGUCGAAUGUGAUAAAAUAUUUAUCUGGGAACGGAAAAUGGGUCAAAGUUAGGGAUAUGAAAGUGCCACGACGAGCAGCUGCUGUUGCUGUGCACAAAAAUCUUUAUGUCAUUGGUGGAUAUGAUACACAGGGACAACCCCUAGCAAGUGUUGAACGUUACAACCCAUAUUCCAACGAAUGGGCAAAAAUCUUUCCUAUGAAUUCAGCCAGAGCUUGUGCAAGUUCUGUUUGUAUUGAAGAUAACAUUUAUGUUUUUGGAGGUGAAUAUGCUAUGUGGUCUUAUUAUCGAUCAGCUGAAGUUUUUAACAUCAAAACUGAUGAAUGGAAGAGUAUUUCUGAUCUUUCUAUACCACGGGCAUUUAUGGGAAUCACAGCACAUCAUGACAAGAUAUACUUGGUAGGGGGUAUGGUAUCCGGAGCAGGGAGUGACCAAUAUGGUGCUGGAGACGAUGAGGAUGAAUUUGUCGAUGUUAAUGAAAGUAAUCUGGUUGAGUGCUAUGAUAUAACAACCAACACAUGGAAGAAAUUAUGCUCACUUCCUGUAGCCACAGCUGGUGCAAAUUGUGCUAUUAUUUCUGUAUCUCUUGCGUACCUUGAAUCAAAAUAUGGGUUUUAAAUUUAACCCGAAAAAAGUUAACUUUAAUAUUUUUUCAUAUAAUUAUAAUUAAUUUUUAUUUAAAUUUUUAAAUCAAUUCAGCAUUUGUUAUUUUUGUUAACAUUUUGGCAAAUUUUCUAAAAAUAUUUUUAUUUUAUAAAUCUCCUCUACUUUAUAAUCAUAUUAUUUAGAACAGUAUAUUAUUUAAUUAUACAGAAAAUUAUUUUUCACACUUGUUUUUUAUGUAUUUUUUUAUAUUUUGAGGAAAGAAAAGUUUUGUAAAUAAAUUUGACUUUAAACCGCUUUAAACGGUUUUUUGUUACAUACAUAACUUUAGAGUCAUUGUAGGUUUUGAAAGAAAUUUUAACAACCGUGAUCUUUUCAACUUUCAUAUGCAAGAUAUUUCCAAGUAACCCUAAAGUUUUCUCCACAGCACAGAAUUUCAGUUAAAUAUCUUUAUUUUAAGUAUAUUGUUUAAGUUUUAUUGUUUUGCAGUUUGUUCUAGUAAAAGACACUGUUUGAUAACUGUGAUUUAUUAGUCAUUUUUACAUAUUUUUUUUUUUUUUUGUUUUUGUUUUGUUCCGUUUGUUUGACAAAAUGAUUAUUUUUAUACUAAUCGUAUGCUUCGAAAUCUUUAAAUUUUAGAAUAGUUAUUUUUGGCAAAUAUAGUAUGAUCUCCACCAAGGAAUAAUCUUUAAUUACCCCUAGGUGAAGAAAUAAUAAAGAUUCAAAAUUUGAUUGUGAUUUUUCAUUUUGCACUAGUAAUAAAUUCUUCUGAUUAAUUUUUUUUCAAUCAUUAAUGAAAAUUGGAUUUGCAUAAAUCACAUAUGUGCGCUCGUAGCUUUUUACUUACAAGUGUCUCAAACUUGUUUAUUGCCCUAAGUGUGUGGAUGCACAAUCACCCUCGUCCCCAGGCGCUGUCUUCUGUUAUAUCA